CAUUCCCUAACUGCUUCCCCCGAAAGCUGGAGAAGGAGAAAUGAAGGAUGACCGCCUCGGUGGAACCACAAAAGAGGCUUAGAGGGGUUUCUGGUCCCCCCUCAUCCACCCCAAAGUGAUGUGCAGAAAUGAGGUGAUCCGGGCAACAGGUGGAGCAGGGCUCAAACUCAGAAAAUGAAAUACAAGACUUCCUUGGUGAUGAGGAAACGGUUACGGCUUUACAGAAACACCCUGAAAGAAUCAAGUAGCAGCUGCGGACACCAUGGGCCCCAGCUGGCCGCGGCUUCGAACCCCUCGGUGUUUGCGGGCCUUCACGAGCAGCCUCCUCCAGCCUCCCACAGCCGUCCUUUGAACGGACUCCUGCGUCUGGGGCUCCCUGGAGACAUGUACGCGAGGUCGGAACCCUUUGCACCGGGGCCUACGGCCCGCAGCGACACUCUGGCAGCAGCCACAGCCCUGCACGGCUAUGGUGGCAUGAACCUGACCAUGAACCUCACUCCACCCCAUGGCCCUGGAGCCUUUUUCCGCUACAUGCGCCAGCCCAUCAAGCAGGAGCUCAUCUGCAAGUGGCUGGGGGAUGAAGGCCCGGUGUCCCCGCGCCCCUGCUCCAAAACGUUCAGCACCAUGCACGAGCUGGUCACGCAUGUCACCGUGGAGCACGUCGGUGGCCCAGAGCAGGCUAACCAUAUUUGCUUCUGGGAGGAGUGUCCGCGGCAGGGCAAGCCCUUCAAAGCCAAAUACAAACUUGUAAAUCACAUCCGCGUGCACACGGGCGAGAAGCCCUUCCCUUGUCCUUUCCCAGGGUGUGGGAAAGUCUUUGCUAGAUCAGAAAAUCUCAAAAUACACAAACGAACACAUACAGGCGAGAAGCCCUUCCGAUGCGAGUUCGAGGGCUGCGAACGGCGUUUCGCCAACAGCAGCGACCGCAAGAAGCAUUCGCACGUGCACACGAGCGACAAGCCUUAUAUGUGCAAGGUGCGCGGGUGUGACAAGUGCUACACGCACCCCAGCUCUCUGCGAAAGCACAUGAAAGUUCACGGCCGUUCGCCGCCGCCCAGCUCCGGCUACGAUUCAGCUCUACCGUCCGCUCUCGCGUCGCCCUCCUUAGAAAGCGGCCGGGAGCCCCCGGUAGCCUGCUCUGCGGCGGCGGUGGUGCGUGGCGCAGACGUGAGCGAAUGAUGUUGCUUUCAAGGUAAUCUUGCCCUGCGCAGCUGAGCGCCCGCAUCUUGCGCCUGCGACAUCAAAGGGGUCUCUCACAAAGCAGUGUUUCUUCGCCACGGUGCAUCUUCAUGGUAAGUUAGGAUUUCUAUGGCAAUGGGCAAGUCUCACUGAAAUCCUGAAAGGCCGAGCCUGGAGCCCGUCCAGGCUUUUCAUUAAGGACAUAAUAUUUACGUCUAACAGGCCUUUUUUCUUGUGUAUACAAGUAUAUAUUUUUGUUUGACGCGGACUAAAUCAUUUUCAUUUAAUUUCCGGUAAACAAAACCCACGCGAAUGGGCACUUGUUCCCGAUCAUAAUAAAAAUGGAUAAUAAUGCGAGGGAAGAAAAGGGCCGCUUGAAUCGCCGCUCAGCCCUCUUUGUUUCUGCUUUCUGCGGUGAUCAGAGGGCGUAUUUGGGUUUGAUGGCGAGUUUCUAAAGGCGAGGAAAUGGUUUGUAAGAAGGAAAAGAAAAGGAGAAAGGUCCAAUCAAGCUCGGGUUGUUCAAAGAGUCGCGUUUUGGGGUUGAAAGUGUGAGUUUGACGGAGCAUCAGCAUGCCGCGUUAGGCUCGCCAUGGAAAAGCGCGCGGGGAGCGGCCUCUUCAAAGGCGGCACACUUCACUGCGGACACUCUAUUAAGAUACAUUUGCGCUGACCUUUGCUUUCACGCCAUUUAAUACUGUCACUGUGCUCUCCAGUAUAUACUUCCUCCCAGGACCUGUCUUGCCAGUGUUUAGGGGUUCACCCUGCACCCUGAUGUAGCGGGGUUUGGCACCCGGCACUCUAUCAAGAAAGGGGGGAGGAGCCGGACUCCGAGAAGCUUGAAGGCGCCAAAAGGCUCCAGAGUCAGAAUAAAUGACUAGGGCAUCCCCGAGAAGCUUACCAAAGGAGCACCCCGAGCUCAGUUGUCUGUGACACAGAGUCGAACGGGGACUUAAGAUGAAGGUGGCCAACCUGGGAAAGUAUGGGAGCUGUUAACUACUAUGCCUCAGGGACACUUCGUUUCACUGUGUUUCCCAGAGGUGCCCUACUGCCUCCUCGCCCUAGAAGUCUCGCAGUCCCUUAAACUUUUUCUCUGAUAUGUCACUGUGUGGUAUCCUUAGGUCUGGGUUGGCUUUGGGUACACACUGAAAAGCCCAAGGCCAAGGGGAUGGGGAAGAUGGCAGCAAAGUUAGAAGUCCAUGUUCCCUUAAUUGUCUUGUUGUUUAUUUUAUCCAAGUACCCUAGUGAAUAGGGGAAAAAUAAACACGGUGGAAAAAAAAUCAAACAGUAGAGUCUUCUUUAGUGCCUGUCCUUGUGGUUGAAUAAAAAGGAUGGUCUGCCUUCUAUUGAGCUGAGAAAUCUUUGAAGUGGGAGUUAUUAUCUGAGACAUUCCUGCUUGUCGUCCUAACAACGCUGGUGAAAUGUAAAAGGUUCUUUGUCAGCGAUUUGUUCUCCUCUCUGUCAAACUCACUUUGCCCUAUUGGUUUCAAACCAUUGCUAAAGAGAUAAAAUCAAGUUUCUUAAAAUAAAACAACAACAGCAAAUCCCUACACUCCACCAGUAGAUAACUUUAGGAAUAAGUUUUUGCUAAGGGGAAAAGAAAACAGAAAAGCAUUGUGUCUUUUCAGUCCUGCUGAUGCAUGCAGAUGUUGAAGGACUCUGCAUCAAAACUGGUACAUUAGGUAAUGCAGGAAGGGUAGAGGCAGAGGGUAUGAGUCCCUAGUCUAUGCUCCUGUGGUUGUGCUAUCUAUCCAGGCCUGCAUUCCAUCUGCCCAGGUUUACUAACAGGAUGGAUUCUCCUGGACAUCACUCAGACUCCAAAUAUUCCUGCCUGGGAUUCUUGGAACUUACCCCUGAAAACAAGUACUGUUAAAGUUUUCCUUUCUUCAGAGAAACUUCUGGUAAAAAUAGACCCAUUGUGUUUCCUCACCACUGGCAGCAAUCAACACUCCAUUUCUGUCAUUAAUCUAAAGGAUGGUAGCAUAAGGGAGAGAAGCAUUUUAAUAUUUCCAUUGUUUUUCUUGAUUAUCUUGGAGUCCUGAAGGUUUGGUUUACAAGAUAGUGACCAAAAAGUGCAUGCACGUGCCAACCCCUUCCCCCCGUGUGCAUUUCCUCAUUUUAUAGUGUGCCUAGAAAAAAAAAAAAACAAAAACAAAAAACAAAAAACAAAAAAACAAAAAAAGCACACAAAAAAACUUUGCCCCUGUUCAGGUUUUCUCAACCUCCUACAGUAGUUUUAAAGGUGAUUUUAAUAAAUAAGGAUGUGCCCAUCACCCUACCCUGUGUGUUAACUAAAUGAGUUGUGAAGAACAUUCCCCAAAUUGUAACCCAUGUAAUCGGUUAUAGUUGUGGCAAAAGUCUCUUAUAUUGAUGUUGUUUGUUGACUUGACUCUCCAUACGUCUGUUUGUAUUGCUAGCUUAUGGGGAAAUGUAAUGAUUGCAAAGAAACUGAAUUAUACAGUCAGGCAACUCUCUUAUAACCAUGACGAACUUACACACCAGCUUGAGUCCACCCUUAGAUUCUUGGUAUCUUGUCUAUCUACACUGUGAUUUAAGAAUUUCUCCCCUUUAACAGCCGUUAAAUUAUGAAAUAAGUUGAAAGAAAAAAGUUGUGUGUAUUCGACAGUGAUUGUUGAAUAAAAAGAAAGUUGAAAGCAGAGGCAUACUCUUCUUAAAAAUAUGUACGUGUAAGUUAAUUCUUAAAAAUAUGUAUGUGUAAGUUAAUUAAAAUAAGU